UUGCCUGCAGUCUACAAUUUUUCAGCUUUAUUAAGGGCAGCUAAGGAUCUAUAUGUAAAUAACGUAAAUCCUAGCCCUUGUUGCUUGAAAGGAGGAUAAUGCUAUCCAGCCAUUAAAUCUCUAUCUUAUUCUGGUGGACAGCAAUUUAUUUGUUGGAUAGUGUUUCCUGCCCUAUGAACAACUGCAUGGUAGGUUCUGGUCUAUGAAUCAUAUCGGUUAGAUUGACGCCAUUCUCUGCUUUAAUGCUGCUACUCAUUUCUCAUUGAAGUGAUUGAAUUUGAGUUACGAACAAAAACGGCAUGUGUUGUUGAUGGCUGCUAUCAUUGAUGAAAAACAACUUACAUAUAUGUAGUUUCAUUUCACUGGACAUAAAAACAGGUUUUCAAAGUCAAUUUCCUCUUAAUAUUUACAUACAUGUAUGUAAAUGCAUGUCAAGUUAUCUUAAAGUUUUUGUCAACAAAAUCUGGUCAAAUAUUAAAAGUUUGGUUAUUUUCGCUCUUUAAUUAGAGAAAGCAGUCAAGUUUAAUUUGCCAAAAAAUUGUAAAAUCACCAAAAGAAUGUUAAAUAUAGUUGAAAGAAUGUUUUGGGGGAACCUGUACAGAAGAGCAAAGGUGUCACAAUCAGGGCCUCUAGCAUAGCAUUAGCAUUUGCAGCAGGCUUUCAUCUGUGAUCUCUAUUUGCAUAAUUUGUUUACAUCAUGUCUUGCACUUCGCAACAAAAGGGAAUUUCUAACAAAAUGUGCAAAAGGUUGGGAAAAGAGAGUCUUCAUUAAACUAACAAAAAGAGGAAAGUUGUGAGAGAGCCCAAGCUAAAUAAAUAAAAGUCGAGUUUUCCUUUUUUCCUAGCUUGCUUUGCCCACUUUUCCUUCUGUUUUUCCCAAUGAACUUUAGAUUUUGUGUAAUUCAUGUUCCUCUUUGGGUGAAAUGACCUUUCCCGUAAAUUUCAAAGGAGUUCUUUAUCACAAGACUUGCAAUGGGGUUCAAUGUUGUAUUUCAUUGGACAGAGGCAUGACCACUUUGACAUGCCCUUCAAUGAGGUGCGAAAACUGUGAUUUCUUUAGAAGUCAAGUACUCAUGGUUUUUUUUUUACAUGAGUUACCUCUACUUGAACAAAUUAAUGGGGUAUGUAGAUUUGCUGGAUUUUUAUGAAAAUUGGCCAAAACAUUCAUCAGAUAUGAAUGCACAAAAGUGUGUGAUGCUAUGAUGAAAUUGGAAAUAUUUCUCUUGUAACAUCACAAAGCCUGAUAACAACCAAAAUAUUUCCUAUUGUCCAACUUCGUGGCCUAACACACUUUGUUAGCCUAUUAUCUGCUGAGUGAUCCUGUCCAAUUUAUUUGAGGGUUCACAGUAAUAUGGAGGCUGGUAAUUCAGUAAAGCAAACACUGUCAGUGUUGAGUUUAAAGGCUGGUGCUCAACUACCUUAACAAGACUUUUGAAAAAUUUUGUUAUCUUUGUAAUCUGUACUUAAGAAGUUUAACAGUGGCAUAUAGUUUUCUAUGAUGUCUUUAAAAGUAACAUGCGAAGGACAAUUUUUAUGGAAAGCACCCUAUUUUGUUGACAGUAACCUUAGGAAACUUCAUUUGAAGAUAAAACAUUUCUUUAUUUCACCUCAAAAAUAAUCAUCAUUGUCAUCAUGAAGUUGUAAAGUAUGGAAAGUCACUGCUUGAAACUAAAAUCAAAAUUGCUGUAUCUUGGAUUUAUGAGGAAGUAAUUAAUAGAAUGAAAAUAUUACCUUCCUCUGUUUUUUCUGAGCAUAUCGGGAAACAUGCAUUGGGGGAAUAGACUGCUGUUUUUCAAAAUCACUUGUGAUCACACUUCUUUUCAACAGCUGAAAGAACAAAGGACAUCAUCAUGCCAGUACUCAAAACCUUAACAUUCAAAUCAUGACAAAAGCAUUAUGUUAGUAUAACAAAAUUUAAUAUUUUAUCAAGAAUUUAUUUCCAAAAUUCAUUAAUCAUAAGUCUAAACAGCCAUAUGAUUUGGUUGAAAUCUCAAAAAAUACACUUAAACCAUAUGAUGGUAAGCAGUUGUUUUACCUCUCUGUUAUUACAGAUGUCAUUGAAGCUUUUACUUGUUGUGACAGGUUUGAAGCUGUUUUUGUCAAACUUGAGAUAUAAAUCUUGUGUAUUGAUACCAACUUGUAGCUCUGAUGACAGCUCUGAAGGACUAAACAACAACAAACUCCAUUUAGUAUGUAUGUAUGUAUAUAUAUAUAUAUAUAUAUAUAAAGGGGUAAGUUUCUAAAGAAACUGUGGUGCUGCGUCGGUGGGAGAGUAUAGCAGGUAACUUAGUGUUGACAACUGGGUUGAAAACGUAAAUUAACCACCGUAAAGGGUAAAAAAAGCUGACGUUUCGAGCGUUAGCCCUUCGUCAGCUGAAAGAACAAAGACAUCAAUCGCUCUGACGAAGGGCUAACGCUCGAAACGUCAGCUUUUUUUACCCUUUACGGUGGUUAAUUUACGUUUUCAACCCAGUUGUCAACACUAAAUUACCUGCUAUAUAUAUAUAUAUGUGUGUGUGUAUAUUCAAUGGGGAGCUUGUUACUCAGGAGUAAACACUACUAAUUAAGUUAGAUUCCUUUUUCUCUCUAAUUUUUGUCACUUAUUUGUAUUCACAUGCCACCCAUAGUUCUUUAUUUGCCUUUCAUUGUUUAACCCUUCACAGUUUGUAAUUUAGACCUUUGUUGUAUUACAUAACCUCAAUCCUAAAAUUUCUGUUUUGUAUAUAAGUUGCAAUCAUUGUAAAUAGAUUUUUAGUUUUUAAUUUUUAACCUGAAGAAGGCUGAACGACUGAAAUGUUGUGCAUUGAACUCAUCCAGAACAGUCAAGAGUUGGCCUCUUUUUUACCUCCUUAUAGUGCACAUACUACUUUUUUAUGAUACACAUAAUAAUACAUUCUGGCCAAAACUUAGAACAAACUGACUUGGAAUGAAAUCAAAUGACCAUAGAUGGAAGUGAUCGUAAAACAUCUAAGCUGAUUAGGCCAUGUAAAUCGAACUUGCUCAACUCCUUGUUAAUCAUCUGUAACCUGUAAAGUCACUCUAUGUAUGUACGUCAUUGCGAUUUUAAGACAGGCUGGCCCAGUUUAGCCCAAAGGUGGUUUAAUUUAAAGGUGGCCUGCAUAAACAACGAAGGCCACAAAGACAAAACUCGCCACACACCUAGAAAAUUGGCAAUAAGUCCCACUAAAUUAGAGUGAAUCGAACAGUGCUAAAGGCCAAAGAAAGCAAAGAUAACACCGAAAUUUGAUGGUAUUUGUUGUUUGUCUCCGGUGAUCAGAUGUGUGAAUUACAGAGAGCGAACCAGCUUACAGAAGUCGAAUGGUAAACGUCUGAGGUACGACUUACUCUUUUACUUUUCGUUUAAAUUCGUCUGGAAUACUGAGAAAUUCAUCUGUUUCAGAGAGAGCUGAAGAAUUCCCUGCAUUUGCUAGUGGCUCAUCUUGUGAACUUCCUAUCCUGCCUACACAGAAAACUUGUUCAUCAUUCUCUUCUUCGUCUUCACUGUUUGUAGUUUUCAACGCAAUGUAAUCAUUUUCUUUAGAGGUGGACUCAAGUGUUUCAAUUACUCCAGUUUCAUCUUGACUACUUCCUUCAUUUUCGGAAGAAGUUACAGUUUUUUUCGCCUGCAGACGCUUGCUUCUUCUCAUUUUUUCAGAUUUUAGAUUUGAUACCCACGCCGCACAAAGUUCAGCAGUAAGUUUGUACUGCGGGCGCUUUGAAGACUCGUACCCAGUCUUAUUUUUUUGUUUUUUCUAGUUCCAACCUUUCCCGGCUGCGCUCUCGCGCGGACAAUUAUUUAGACAUUUAUGAAAAUGGAUACCUCUAUUACGCGUGA